AUGGCUACAACAACUAUGAAAGCGCUCAACUACCUCGGACCUUACCAGGUUCGGGUUGAGGAUGUCGAAAAGCCGAGGAUGGAACAUCCUGAUGAUAUAAUUGUAAAGGUGACUACGGCUGCUAUUUGCGGUUCGGACUUGCAUAUGUACGAAGGAAGAACAGCCGCUGAGCCCGGGAUUACAUUCGGUCACGAGAACAUGGGAAUCGUGGAAGAAUUGGGAGAGGGAGUUACAUUGUUGAAAAGGGGAGAUCGUGUCGUCAUGCCCUUCAACGUCGCCGAUGGUCGGUGUCGAAACUGUGAGGAGGGGAGAACAGCAUUCUGCACUGGUGUCAACCCUGGGUUUGCUGGCGGUGCCUACGGAUACGUCGCAAUGGGUCCCUACCGCGGAGGCCAGGCACAGUACAUUCGUGUCCCAUAUGCCGACUUCAAUGCUCUUAAGUUACCCCCGGGUAAAGAGCAUGAAGCAGACUUCGUUCUUCUAGCUGACAUCUUCCCAACCGGCUGGCAUGGUGUGGAAAUCUCCGGUUUCCAAGCAGGUGAAAGCAUUGCAGUAUUCGGUGCUGGACCUGUCGGACUGAUGGCCGCGUACUCCGCUGCUCUACGGGGAGCGUCUAACAUUUAUGUUGUUGAUCGCAUUGCGGAGAGACUUGAUGCCGCCAAGAAGAUUGGCGCUAUUCCUAUAGACUUCACAAAGGGGGAUGCCGUCGAUCAAAUAAUCAGUCACAACGGGGAUAUGGUUGACCGUUCGGUAGAUGCCGUUGGGUACCAGGCUGUCGACUCCAAUGGUUCUGCUGAAAAGGCGAAUAUCGUUCUUGAGAACAUGAUUCGAGUGACGAGGGCUUGUGGUGGGAUGGGAAUCCCUGGAUUAUACGUUCCUAGCGACCCUGGUGCAUCUGACGCUGCCACCGCGAAUGGAAUGAUCAGCCUUAGCUUCGGAAAGUUGUUUGAAAAGGGUCUUUCUCUUGGUACUGGACAGUGUAAUGUCAAGUCUUAUAACCGAUACCUUCGAGACAUGAUUAUUGCUGGCAAAGCAAAGCCCAGCUUCGUGAUCUCCCAUGCGAUUGCACUUGCAGAUGCCGAGACUGCUUAUGAGAAAUUUGACAAAAGGGAGGAUGGGUACACAAAAGUGAUUAUCCACCCAAAUGGUGGGUUUUGA